AUGAAAGUGAAGCACAAAAUUUUGUUGACUGUUAUUAUCGCAUUUUUGGCCAUCACAAGUACCGUAUUGCUGUGUCUUUACUACAUAAAACAAUCAAAUAAGAAGUUUAUCAAUCUUAUCCAUUCAGAUUUGAUAGAGAAGAACAGAGAUGAAUUAUUCGGUAUCAUGCCACAAAAUGCGUGUAUAAUAAUGCUGAGCAAGGUAACACUGGCUAGCACCGAUGUGCUGGUGAUUUCUCCGAACGAAAGCACGCUUACCAGCCAAUAUAUUCUUCCAUUCGUCGAUUAUAAUGAGGAAAAACUGGCAGCGUACUCCUCUAUAAAGAACGCGUUUAGUUUAUUAUCGAUGAAAUUCAAGGAGUAUCGGAGAUAUAUUCCGCUUGAAAAGAAGAAUAUAAGUGUGCUGGACAAGGAAAAUCUUUUUGCACGUAUCGGAGCACGGCUAUUCUGGAAUUAUGACAUUGUACGUUUUGAGAAAUUUCUUUCGUUUUUUGCAACAACUUUUAGCACAAAUGACCUGUUCUGCUAUCUGUUUAAAAUAAGCAAUGGAAAGUUGAGCAUCAUCAGGCUGGAGAUAGUGGGAGUGAAGGCUGUGAAGAAAAACUGUACUGAAUAUUAUUUGGGAAAGUACGCUCAAAAUAUGAUGGCGUAUUUUGUUGAGAUGCAGACAGAGAGAAUGACAGACAAAGACGUACAAACCGUUUUACAUGCUUAG